CGAUAUCCCAGAAUUCACAGCGUGACCUGCAGUAUUGACAAAGAAAAGAACGACAGAAAACAGGGUGGGCUCCGCAAAACAAUACCCCCACAAUUUGACGACAAUAAGUCUCACCACUGAGACUGUUGUUGUUUACCAGGGUGCAGCGUUACGUUAUCCUGCUAAGAAGCUGAGGGUGAGUGGGAAGGGCCAUCUGCACGUGAGGGGAGGUUACAAACCUGCAGAGCUUCCAGAGAGCGGGCCCCGACAGACACCUCUUCAGAGCUUCCAGAGAGAGGGCCCUGACAGGCACAUCUGCAGAGCUUCCAGAGAGAGGGCCCUGCCGGACACCUCUUCAGAGCUUCCAGAGAGAGGGCCCUGCCAGACACACCUGCAGAACUUCCAGAGAGAGGGCCCUGCCAGACACCUCUUCAGAGCUUCCAGAGAGAGGGCCCUGCCAGACACCUCUUCAGAGCUUCCAGAGAGAGGGCCCUGCCAGACAUAUAGGACGAGAGAAAGGGACUGGGGAGUGAGCUCAGCUGGAGCCAAUGCAGCAGCAGAGUGGACAGCCUGAGCUAGUGGAAGGAAGCCUUCCCGUGUUCGUGUUCCCCACAGAGCUUGUCUUCUACGCGGACGAGCAGACCUCCCACAAGCAGGUUCUCACCCUCUACAACCCCUAUGAGUUCGCCCUCAAGUUCAAAGUGCUAUGCACAGCGCCCAACAAGUAUACCGUGGUGGAUGCCACCGGAGCCGUCAAACCACAGUGCUGUGUUGACAUAGUGAUUCGACACAAAGAUGUCCGGGCCUGUCACUAUGGGGUGUCUGAUAAGUUCCGGCUGCAGGUGUCUGAGCAGAGCCAGAGGAAGGCCCUGGGCCGGAAGGAAGUGACGGCCACUCUGAGGCCCUCGGCUGCCCAGGAGCCCCCCAGCCCCCGGCCCCAGGAGGAGGAGCGACAGAUGAGGGAACAGCUAGCAGACAGCGUCUUCUUUGAGCAGACCACCUUCCAGACAGAGAGCCGCUCUCAGUCUGGGGGCCCAAGCCUGCUGACGGUGCUGUUGGGGUUGGUGUGUAUGGCUGCCCUCAUGCUGCCCACCCUGGGGGAGCAAGAAUCCACCGUGCCUGUCUACCUCCACUUAAGUGUUACCAAGAAACUUGUAGCUGCUUACGUUCUAGGUCUUCUUACAAUGGUUAUCCUGCGUACAUGAAGUGCUAUGGGGGCUGGAAAGAGAGAACGAGGAGAAGAGGAUACAAAAGAGAAGAGAACAUUCACUCACCCAAGGCAACUACAUGCUUGAAAGGGUAGUGUUGAGGGGGAAGGGGUAUCCGGUCAAUUCUCCCUUCCUCUGUCCCAAAAACAUACAUCUAAUUGUUUUGAAAUAAAAACAUAAUACUGACUGAUACAAAGCAAGAGACCUCUGCUGCAGCGGGCACAGAAAUAACAUUCUGGAAGGAGGGCAUUGUGUGGGUCUGCGGCCGUUGGAGGAAGGGUUUGUAUAAAAACAUGUGGGUCAUUAAAUUGUGUUUGACUUCA